UUUUUUCCCUUGUGGGAUUUGUUUGCAAUCUGCUAGAUGAGGCUCGAGGCCUGUUUGCCAGAUCUAGGGCCGCAUCAUCGCUCGGCACAUCUGGAAGUGGUUUAUGGGCUCCCAUUCCUUCGGUGCAGCGUCUGGGCUCCGAGCUGCGCCUCUGCAGCAGGGAAAGAAAAGAAAACCAGCACAACUUCCAAAGUAAACUUUGAAAAGUUUGAGAAAGGAGCUGGAUUUUUAGAGUGCCACGGUGCCCAGUAAGGCCCUUGUGCAGGGUGCCGUGAAGGAGGACGAUGGGCGAGGAAGCUCUGGCAAGCAAGCUGACAGCUGUGGCCCACCUAGGAUCUGAGUAAAUAGCUCCACAGCUCUUCAGGAGAGAGAGAGAGAAGUCUUGAACACUGUGCUGCCUUGAAGAGAUCACAGUUCAUAUCCAAAAGAACAGAUGGCUCUUCUGAAGAAAAUUAACCAGAUCUUACUGUUACUUCUUGUUUUAACUGUGUGCGCCAUUCUGUAUAACAGAGUUCACAAAGUGCCAUCUUCACUAAAGAAUGGAACAGUUGAUUUGGAGAGUCCUGAGGAAAUGGAGGAAGAAAUUCCGGUUGUAAUCUGUGCUGCUGCGGGCAGAAUGGGCGCAGCUAUGGCAGCCAUCAGCAGCAUCUACAGCAACAGCGAGGCGAACGUUUUGUUCUAUGUGGUUGGCCUGAAGAACAGCAUCCCGCACAUCCGAAAAUGGAUUGAAAAUUCUAAAUUGAAAGAGAUAAAAUUUAAGAUUGUGGAAUUCAACCCAAUGGUACUAAAAGGAAAAAUCAGACAAGAUGCAUCACGCCCUGAGCUAUUGCAGCCUCUGAACUUUGUUCGAUUUUACCUCCCCUUGCUUAUCCAGAAACACGAGAAAGUCAUAUACUUGGAUGAUGAUGUCAUUGUGCAAGGUGACAUCCAAGAACUCUACGACACUAAGUUAGCUCCUGGACAUGCUGCUGCUUUCUCAGAUGACUGUGAUCUGCCUUCUACACAUGAAAUGGUUAGAAGUGUAGGGAUGCAGAACACAUACAUGGGAUUUCUGGACUACAGAAAGCAAGCCAUUAGAGAUCUUGGCAUCAGCCCCAGCACCUGCUCCUUUAAUCCUGGAGUAAUUGUUGCUAACAUGACUGAAUGGAAGCAUCAACGAAUUACAAAGCAGUUGGAAAAGUGGAUGCAAAGAAAUGUGGAGGAGAAUCUGUACAGCAGCACCCUUGGUGGGGGUGUAGCCACCUCCCCAAUGCUGAUUGUAUUUUAUGGGAAACAUUCCACUAUUAAUCCCAUGUGGCACAUAAGGCAUCUGGGCUGGAGUCCUGAUACUCGCUAUUCAGAGCAUUUUCUUCAAGAAGCUAAAUUACUUCACUGGAAUGGAAGAUACAAACCUUGGGACUAUCCCAGUGUUCACACCGAUCUCUGGGAAAACUGGUUUAUUCCUGACCCCUCAGGGAAGUUCAAAUUAACUCGUCCUGAGAGCUGAUACUG